AUGGGGUACAAAUGGAACACACUCCUUAGUUAUAAUGCGGCCGCCAGGAAAUUUAUGAAGUAUAAGAUCGCCGUUAAAGAAACACGUUUCGUUUUCCCCAUCUUGGCCGGAGAUCUCUACGGAUUCUGUUACUGGGCCGGGAAAAACAUAGACGAGUAUGACGAACAAGACGUAUGCGCAAAAACCUUGGCAAAGUACUUAUACGGUAUUCAAGCAUGGCACUUAUAUCAUUCCGUGGAAUACCCUGCGGAGUCCAAGGACAGAAUAACAGUCCUCCUCCAAGCAUCCGCACACGCCGACGCUGAAUCGCCGCCUAGGCCAGUAAAAGCCCCAGUGACCAUGGCGCAACUAGUCGCCCUAACCGACCAUCUAGUAUCCGGCGAUGACCAAAGUAAAGCAGUUUUAGACUUGGCCAUAGUAGCGUUUUGGGGGAUGGCAAGGUUAGCCGAAGUUACAUACGACUGCGCCACAGGCCCGCUUCAAAGGACCGCCUCCCUUAUGACCACGGACGUAAGAUUUGUAGAGACUCAAAGCAGCACCGUCGUCGAGUUAACGAUCAGAGGAGCAAAAACAUGCUCCCCAGGGGAAUCACAAAAAAUCCUACUCCAUAGCAUGGCCCAUAUGCUCUGCCCGGUCAUGGCGGUAAAGCGAAGGCUAGGAGAAGCAAGGAAUGAAGAUAUUUCCCUAUUCGGUCAUGGAAACGGUCUCCGCGGAAGGUCUCACCUCACCAAAUCAUCUGUGAGAAAGGUUCUAUCUUCUUCCUGGAACCGCCUAGGAUUUCCCAACCUAACAGGGCAUUUGUUCAGGGUAGGAGGGGCCUCUCUGCACUGUGCUUUAGGUGUCCCAGUCGCGGAAAUUUGUAGACUCGGGAGAUGGACGUCUGGAUGCUAUAAGCUGUACCUCCGGGUGUAUCAGGAAGAGGAUGUUUUGCUACUUUAG